AUAAAACCUCCGUCAACUUUAACACUUGCUAGUUUUAAGGAGAUCUCCGAGUGACCGUAGUGUUAAAUACUAAGCGCCGCAUUCCAGUCUGUUUCCAAUAUAUUUUUGAGUGCACGUUGUUCCUGAAAGUUACGAUGCAGUGCGCUUUAAAGAUGGCCAAGUGCUCCAGACUGCUAAACGAGCACAAUAUUGUGACUCGACAUAUACGUGGUUUGCAGCUGAGCAGUUCACGCAGGCAGAAUAUGGGCAGGUUGCUCCCGCAAAAGGGAGAAUUUCAGGCGAGGCACAUUGGACCCAGGGAACACGAGCAGAGAGAAAUGUUGAAAUUCAUCGGAUUUAAAAGUCUUGAUGAAUUAACGGAAGCUGCGGUGCCGGCUAAAAUUCUUCACAAGGGUGAUUUAAAUCUCGAUGAGCCAGUUACCGAGUACGAGCUAAUAAAGCGGGUGACGAAAAUUUCGGAAAAGAAUGAGGUAUGGCGCUCCUACAUCGGCAUGGGAUACCACAACUGCUGCGUACCGCACACGAUUAUGCGUAACAUUUUCGAGAACCCUGGAUGGACGACGCAAUAUACGCCUUAUCAGCCGGAGAUUUCGCAAGGACGCCUCGAAGGCCUGCUGAAUUACCAAACCAUGAUAUGUGACUUCACGGGGAUGGAGGUGGCGAACGCUUCCCUCUUGGACGAAGGGACGGCGGCGGCGGAGGCCCUGGCGCUCGCGUGUCGACAUAACAAAAGAAAGAAGCUGUUUAUCUCCGACCGAGUGCAUCCCCAGACCAUUAGCGUUAUCGCAACGCGCGCCGCUUCCCUGGGUUUAACGCUGGAAGUCGGGGAUGUGUUUAAAGUGGACACCAGCGGAAACGAUGUUGCCGGUAUUCUCAUACAGUAUCCCGACACCAAUGGCUGCAUCCACGAUUUCGAGGACGUUGUUCAAAAGGCGCACGCAAACGGGACAUUGGUCUGCGCCGCCACCGACUUACUUGCGUUGGCGGUGCUUCAGCCGCCGAGCGAUUUCGGCGUCGACAUAUGCGUGGGUACGAGCCAACGUUUCGGAGUGCCUCUGGGAUACGGCGGGCCUCACGCUGGCUUCUUCGCGUGCAGGCAGAAACUGGUGCGAUUAAUGCCCGGCCGAAUGAUAGGUGUGACGAGAGACUCCAGCGGACGGGACGCUUAUCGGUUGGCCCUGCAAACGCGCGAGCAACACAUCAGGAGGGACAAGGCCACCAGCAACAUUUGCACCGCACAGGCGUUGCUCGCUAAUAUGUCGGCGAUGUACGCGGUGUAUCACGGACCUCAGGGAAUACGAGACAUCGCGAGCAGAGUGCACAAUUUGACGCUCGCUCUGGCGAAGGGUCUGGAGGUGGCUGGAAACGAGAUAAAUAACAUAUACUUCUUCGAUACCAUUACAGUGUCGCCAAAGAUCUCCAUGCAGACGAUAAGGGACAAUGCGAAUAAGGCUAAAAUAAACUUGAGAUAUUUCGAGGACGGUUCGAUCGGAAUUUCUCUCGACGAGACAACCACGACGGAGGACGUGGAUGAUCUUUUCAAGAUAUUUUCGGCGAGUAUCACGACUGGCGAGGUGGUCAAGGAUGAAAGCUUUCUCGUGAGAAGCCUGGACAAGUCGGACUUCCACCGUACUAUUUCGUACUUACAGCAUCCCGUCUUCAAUAGCUAUCACUCGGAGACGAGAAUAGUCAGAUACAUGAAGUCCCUGGAGAACAAGGAUGUAUCUCUCGUGCACAGCAUGAUUCCACUGGGCUCUUGCACGAUGAAACUGAACUCAACGACGGAGAUGAUGCCGUGCAGUUUGAAAGGUUUAACAGACCUACACCCUUUCGCUCCGCUCGAGCAGGCCGUGGGGUACCAACAACUGUUCGCCGAACUGGAACGAGAUCUGUGCGCGAUCACCGGCUACGACGGCAUUAGUUUCCAGCCGAACAGCGGGGCGCAGGGCGAAUACGCGGGCCUGAGGGCUAUACAGUGCUAUCACCAGUCGAGGGGCGACAAGCAUCGGCAAGUCUGUCUGAUUCCGAUAUCCGCGCACGGCACGAAUCCCGCAUCCGCCCAAAUGGCGGGUAUGCAGGUGGAGCCGAUCCUCGUGCGGAAGGACGGUUCCGUCGACACGGCGCACUUGAAGGAGAUGAUCAACAAGUACCAGAAGACGCUGUCGUGCCUUAUGAUCACGUAUCCGUCGACGAACGGCGUGUUCGAGGAAACGAUCGGUGACAUAUGCAACAUGGUGCACAACGCAGGCGGUCAGGUAUACUUGGACGGCGCCAACAUGAACGCUCAGGUUGGCUUGUGCCGACCCGGCGAUUACGGCAGCGACGUGUCGCAUCUCAACCUGCACAAGACGUUCUGCAUUCCUCACGGUGGCGGCGGGCCUGGCAUGGGUCCCAUCGGAGUGAAGCGGCAUCUUAUACCUUUCCUGCCAAAUCAUCCAGUGGUAAAUUGUUCGGGUAACGACUAUGGGGAUUUAAAGAAUUUCGGUGCCGUAUCGGCCGCACCAUUCGGCUCGUCCGCCAUUCUACCGAUCUCGUGGGCUUACAUCAAGAUGAUGGGUCCGAGAGGCUUGCGCAAGGCUACGCAAGUGGCUAUACUCAACGCCAAUUACAUGAGCAAGAGAUUGGAGAAGCAUUACAAGACGUUGUACACGGGUGAAAGCGGGCUAAUUGCGCACGAGUUCAUCCUAGACGUGAGGGACUUGAAGAAAACUGCCAAUGUCGAGGCCGUUGACAUCGCGAAGAGACUGAUGGAUUAUGGUUUUCACGCACCGACCAUGAGCUGGCCAGUGGCCGGUACCUUAAUGAUCGAACCGACGGAGUCCGAGGACAAGACUGAGCUGGACAGAUUUUGUGAUUCUUUGAUCUCUAUAAGGAAGGAGAUCGCGGACAUUGAAGAAGGAAAAUUAGAUAUUGCACAGAACCCUUUGAAAAUGGCACCUCACACGCAGGAGCAAGUGAUAACGACCGAGUGGAAUCGACCAUAUUCGCGAGAGCUGGCAGCUUUCCCCGCUACGUUUGUGAAAGGAAACAACAAGAUUUGGCCAAGCGUUGGAAGGAUAGACGACAUAUACGGUGAUAAGAAUCUAUUUUGUACAUGUCCGCCCAUCUUGCCUACAGAGCAGUAAUUGUGACGUUAUAUCAACAAUAUACGAUGUACAGCUACUUAGUUAUACAAUGCGCAGAACUAUUUAAAUAUUUAUUAUAACUUUUAUACAAAUAUAUUAUUUAUAGAAAA